GGCCCUGUUCGUGGGAGAUCCAACCCCGGAGAACCCUCAAGUCCCGGCUAAGCCAUCAUAGUAGUGCUCUUCAUGCAUAAAAGGAUACGAUACAGGUGGGAUAGCAGAGCCUCUAUACUUGGUCCAGAUGUGUCCGUCUGAUGCACAAUGCGCUCCGUACUCCUAAUAUGGCACCAUGCCUGCGCAAAAAGCUGCCUUACGGGUAUCUGAGGCGUUGGCAUCCCCACCGGUUGCGGAUCAGGAAAAAGGAGAAGUCGUUCAAAGAAGAUUCGUCGUCAGACCGGCACGAUGGAUCCACCAGAGCCAGAGGACGACGGCGACGGCUACUCUUCUCAUGACAAGCAGAAACGAAAGCCGCCCCGACGCACAGCCAAUCAAUCUGAGGUCCACAAACCCUUGAUUGGCCUCUGGACCCAUUCCGCAUAUUUGAUCCAAAUAACCCUAGCUGCCGCCAGGCCUAGUCUUGGACAUACAGGAACUGACGGGGAUGCAGGGGGGUCGCCCCCCCUGGUCUCCAAUGAUUUUCGUCUUCUUUCCUCUCGAGAUUCUCAGGACCACAGCAUAAGAACCAGGAACAUCAAACCUCUUCCUCCUCCACCGCCCAUCCUGGAAGCUGACCUGGAAAUAAGCACACUCGCCGACGACUUGCCUUGCCAACCUAUCGACAACCACAAAGAGGAAGAAGAAGAAGAAGAAGAAGAAGAAGAAGAAGAAGAAGAAGAAAAGAAAAAAACAGAUUCCCGACGACACUUGUGGCAACUUCUUUUCGAACACACACAUGAGGCUAGGCCUGUCGAGAAGCCUGAGGCUAAUUCUAGCCACAACAUAUUAUUCCUAACAGACCGAAGCUUGGGCGUUGCUGGCUGCUUUGGUAACCAUCCAUAACGGGGCUGCGAUGCAGGUGUACAGGGACGGCAAAUUGCGGCCGCUGCCGAGCUAAAAAGUGCUGAUGGGCACGGCGUUCAUUUCAAUAAAGACCCUUGGGCCGUCCGAAUCGGCCACUAUUGGCUUUGGGGUUCCAGCGCGGCGCUACCGUCGCGACCCUAUUAGACCACUUGGCCUGAAGCGUACCUAACCUGCAGGCUCGA